UAUGCUACACAAGAAAACUUGUAUUUAAUUGUAGCAAUUUUGUUAACAGAGCAAUUGAGCGGCAUGUCACAAACUCAGGUCAAACCAGUAUGUGUUGUGAGUUCACAAUUCGUAUCUCCAUAUCCUAUAGAUAUGUUGAACGGAAAGAAACUACUAACUCUUUCUGAUGGAAACUUUGGUGUGACUGAUAUCAACGGCAACUUGAUGUUCAAAGUUAGAGGAAAGUUAUUGAGCUUUCAUGGUAAACGUCUCUUAGUCGACGUCGUCGGCAAUCGUAUUGUCACUUUCCAAAAAAAGCUAAUAGGUGGUCGUAAAAGAUGGCAAUGUUUUAGAGGAGAUAGCACAGACCCUAGAGAUCAUGUGUUCACUGCAAAACAAUCAUCUAGAACCCAAUUCAAGACUUCACUUGAUGUGUUCUUGGCCUCCAAUAGAAGGCAAGAUGUUGCUGAUUUCAAAGUWAAAGGCAAYUGGUUUGAAAGACGGUGUGCUGUUUAUGCUGGAGAGACUACAACUAUCAUUGCAGAGAUGAACAAGAAACAGACCGUUGAAAGCAUUGCUUUUGGAAUCGACACGUAUACCAUUACGGUGUAUCCAAACGUUGAUCACGCCUUUAUUGUUGCACUCAUGGCGAUUCUCAAUGAGAUUAAUGAUGAUAAAAGUGACGAUGAUGAAAAAUGAUAUGUGGUCGCACAAAUUUCAGCUUAAAUAAUAUCGUCUUAUGUUUAAUAAAAGGAGGAAAAAAGGAUUUGUUAUGCUUAUUGGGUGUUUGCUUGUUACGAUGUUGUAAGUCUGUUGUUGUAUCUCGUCAAAUGUAUCUCCAAUGAAAUCCAUCAAUAAUACUUUUGAUUUUGCUA